GCCAUUUAGAAUGCAACUACCCAGACUUCCGGUCUCUCGUGUCAGCUGAUCAAUCCCGUUCCUGUCUGCUGAUGCACAGUAGUGAGAAUGUCAGGCAAAGAUAAAUUACCAAUUUUCCCCUCCAGGGGGGCCCAAAUGUUGAUGAAAUCUCGCUUACAAGGAGCACAAAAGGGACAUGGAUUGCUGAAGAAGAAAGCAGACGCACUACAAAUGCGCUUCAGGCUGAUACUUGGAAAAAUUAUAGAAACUAAAACUCUAAUGGGUGAAGUGAUGAAGGAAGCGGCCUUUUCAUUGGCUGAAGCAAAGUUUGCUACUGGAGACUUCAAUCAGGUAGUUCUGCAGAAUGUAACAAAGGCACAGAUCAAGAUUCGUUCUAAAAAGGACAACGUUGCUGGUGUGAACCUACCGAUAUUCGAAUCCUAUCAGGAUGGUACGGAUACUUAUGAAUUAGCAGGCUUGGCCAGAGGUGGCCAACAAUUGGCCAAACUGAAGAAGAAUUAUCAGCGGGCAGUGAAAUUGCUCGUAGAAUUGGCGUCGCUGCAAACAAGUUUCGUUACUUUGGAUGAAGUUAUCAAGAUCACAAAUCGACGUGUCAAUGCUAUCGAGCAUGUCAUCAUCCCACGAAUCGAGAGAACACUAGCCUACAUUAUUUCAGAGCUUGACGAGCUUGAAAGAGAAGAGUUUUAUCGUCUGAAAAAGAUUCAGGACAAAAAGAAGAUUGCUAAAGCAAGGGUUGAAGCAGAAAGGGCAGAAAUGAUUGCAGCUGGACGGAACGUUGAUUCUGUAAAUCUACUUGAAGAAGACGAUGAUGACGUGCUGUUUUAAAUACUGUAAAUAAUACGUUAUAAAUAUCAAGAUGUUAAUACUUAGAAAAAGAAGAAAACAUAAAUUUACAUCGGAAUCACGACCUUCUCACGUUUAUAUAUUUCAGAGAAUGUCGUUGAUAGUCCUUUUUCCGCUUUAAAAAAGCCACUGCUUUUAUUUUUGUUUGCCCCUAAAGAAAUACAUUUUACAGUAUUUUUCAAAUACUAAUUCGUAUAAAUAAAUAAUUCUAUAUCAUGUAAUACGUCUGCAACAGCAACGCUGUUAUUUCAUGAAAAUAUUCAAAAUAUUUUAAUUAUAACAAAGGAUUAUAUUUUAAUUAUAUAUGUAUAUAUAUUGUAUAAAUCCAUUCCAUUAUUCAUUUACAUCACUUUCGGCUUUUAUGACGCGAGGAAUUGUGCAAUCCGAUAAUAUAAUAAUGAUUACAAAUAUAAUAAAUAUAUAUGUAUGUA